GACAUUUGACUUGUCAAUACUUCGCUUUGCAAUUUGCAAUAAGUUGUGAAAUAUUCGGCGGUAUUCUCUAAAAGUUUACAAAUAAUUUAAAUAAACACAUAAGAGGACGGCAAAAUAAGACAAAACCAUGAGUUUUUCAUUCGGACAGACAACAACAACCGCUUCGGGAACUGCUUUUAGUACCAAUACAAUAACGGCAGGAUCACUAUUCGGAGGAGGGGAUAAUAAAACUUUUCAAAGUCCAUCUGGUGACAACAAAACAAACUUAUUUGCUUCACCCACAACAAGCUCCCAGCCAUUUGGUGGUUUUUCAUUUGGCCCCAAGACAACUGCAGCAACUUCAAAUUUGUUUGCUAGUUCAACAACAACCACCAGUUCUCCAUUUGGUGCAACUAAGCCACUCUCAUUUGGUGGUUUCUCAGCACCACCGAACCAAACAGUUGGCAGUCCAGGUUUCGGACAGGCUCCUCCAAACCAAACGGUUGGUGGUUCUGCGUUUGGUCAAACCGCUCCAAACCAAACGGUCGGCAGUUCUGCAUUUGGACAAGCAACUACCACACAGAAUGCACCACAGAAUUUGUCAUUUGGCCAAACACAACCACAAACAGCUGCCCAGGCCUUUGCUAAUGCUGGAGGACCAUUUAGUGGUAGUGCAGGACCAGGGUUUUCUUUUGCUAAAACAACAGCUAAUUCCGGAUUCUCUUUCACACCAACAUUCACAAUGCCAAGUUCCCAGCCAGCGACGACAGCUCAAACGACACAAGCUAACUUUACUCUGACGUCAACGCCGAGUUUCGCACAAAGUACGCCGGCGUUCUCACAGAUGUUUGCUAAACCAGGGUUCACUGCCACCACGUCUGCUGCAGCGGUCACCACUACAGCUGCUGCCGCGCCAUCUUUCGUCACAACAUCAUCUAAUCUCAGUCUCCAACAACCGAGUUUCUUGCCACAACCAACAACUGCCAAUGCAACAAGCGCUGGCUUCUCUUUCUCUCAAACUCCAGCCACAACCUUCCCUACAAGCCAACCGCAAGCCAGCAAACCACUAACUUUCUCAACACCGACAACUCAGGCUACAAGUCUUAGCUUCACGAUGCCAAGUAGCCAGGCUAGCCAAGUCACACAAGCUGUUAGCCAAGCUACACCGGUAACUACUGAAGCUCCGCUUAGCUUCAAUGUGACAAGCCAGGCUACAACUGUAGCCACAACUAGCCUAGGGUUUGCACCGACAAUAUCCAGCUCUAUGGCCUUCAUAGGAACAGCUCCGACCAGUGUUAGCUUGUCGUUGGCAAAGACAACGGCUACUACUUCAGCCACUGCGACUCCAGCAAGCACUGGUAUACUGUCAUUGGGCAAGACAACUACUUCCACUACAAUGACAGCACUUACCACUGCUACCACUACGACAGCGUCAGGUCCUCCGCAGCCAGUAACGUCGAUAAGUUUCGCGCAACUGGAGGAGAACAUCAACAAGUGGACGCUGGAGCUGGAGGAGCAGGAGAAGAUCUUCAUCAACCAGGCCACGCAGAUCAACGCCUGGGACAGGCUGCUCAUUGCCAACGGAGAUAUGAUAGUGGAGUUGAACGACACCAUCCAGAGUGUGAAGAACGAGCAGCAGAGCCUGGAGCACGAGCUGGACUUCGUGGUGGCGCAGCAGCGCGAGCUGCAGGAGAUGCUGGCGCCGCUCGAGCGCGGCCUCGCAGACACCGGCCUCAGGGACCCCGAGAGGGACCACAUGUACACCCUGGCUGAGAAUCUAGACACACAGCUGCGACAGAUGUCAGAAGAUCUGAAAGAGGUUAUUGAACAUCUAAAUGAGACCAACAGGAGCCAGGACACUAAUGACCCUAUAGUUCAAAUUGGACGUAUUUUAAACGCUCAUAUGUCGUCAAUGCAGUGGAUAGAUAACUCCAUCGCGCAGAUCUCAACCAAACUGGACCAGCUGAAAGUGACACACGACACGCUGCGUAGAGACAACGAGAGAUCCUUCCAGCUUACAUAUAACUGAAUGUAAUGUUAGGGAAACUCGCGGUGACAACAUUUGAAUAAUAUAGACGAGGCAUAUUGAAUUAAAUAUUAAAAUUUACCCUUAGUUUUUUUUUUUAAAAACCAGCGCUUGACCACGACCUGAACUUAGUAAAGAUUGUUUGAAAAAUAUCUCAAGUGAAGUGUGAACUAUGCCUCCUCUUUAUUUAAACUUUUUGUACGCAUUAAGACUUUACGCGGCUCUUAAAUUACUGUACCAAAAAUGCGUUUUACACGGAAUUGCUUUUUAAUAUACGUUUACACUCAACUUAGUUAUUUUUAACAGUGGAACACUGCGAAUUGCCCUGAUUGUACAAAUUGUGAUGUAAUCAUUGUAUAUUGAAAACAGAUUGUAAAUGUCCAUCUUAACCAAGUUUCUACUCCAGAUUCCUUACAAUAUAUUCAUCCCUUUCAUUCAGUUUGGGGUAACAGAGAUAACAGUACUUGUGUGUUUU